GACAGCAUCUACUGAUCUAGUCUAGAUUCUAGAUAUUAUGUCUAUUUAUAUAGAUCUAGAAUAAUCUAGAUUAGCUAGAUUAUGUCAUGUCAUGUCUAGAUCUAAUACUAUACUAUAGUCUUCUAGAAUAGAUCUAUAUUUAAAUUUAAUAUAUCAGUUUCUGAGUAUCGAGUAUCAUGACAUUGACAUCAUCAUUCAUAUUCAUAGACAUAGAACCUAGAUCUAGAUUCUAUAUAAUAAAUAAUAUAUUAUAGUCUAGAUGAUUGUCACAUGAUUGUGAUAGAUAUCAUUAUAAUUAGACUUAGAAUUAGAAUAGUCUGAAUAGAUCAAAACAUUAAUCAGACACAUUAGACUUAGACUAGUGAUUAGUCUUGAUAAGAAUGAACGGAUGGCUUUGCCUUUGGACUACUGUGGAGUCGAGUCGAGUGGUUUGCACUCUUGACUGCUGUCUUGAUGGUUGAUCUACCAGGAUCGGUCACCUUGCCUGCAGUCAUCACCUACGCCUACGCCCUAGGGGAGGGUUGGCUAGUUUGUAAUCAACUUCAACUCUGAAAGAACAUGACUAGAUUAUUGACUAAUUCUAUAAUAGAUCUUUAUAGAAUCUAGUGAGUUCUAGAUCUUGAUCUAAUUCUAAUCUAUAUCAAAGUCCCCGGCCCCAGAUGGUACACCUGUGACUUAGCGACAUAUCAUUGAGCGUCCUACAGGUGUGCCUUUGUUGUCUUUUGCUGUGCAUGUUAGUGUCAUUAGUUCCAUACAUAUCUAAGUUCUAACACAAACUAUCACAAGCACAUUGUGAGGACCAAAAAUGUAUCUUGAUGUUUUGCCUAAAUGGGAGAGAAUUACUUACUGGAUUAUCUCUAUUACAUCAAUAGCUUAUGGAUUGUAUAGACUUCAUGUUGAAGGCGACAAGUAUAAAGAAAGUUUCUAUUAUUUGGUGCCUGGAUGGCCUUGGUUAAAUAGAGAGCAGGAUAUUUCAGACUCAGAAUUUAGUUUGUUUCGAGAUGAAAUCCAACUGUUGAUACUUGUCAAUACGAUUCACAUCAUUCUGUCUCAGAUGUGCUAUUUUCUAUCUGUUCAAGUGAAGGUUCGAAUUUGCAUCCUAAGUGUUUAUGAUAUUCUAGUUAUCAAUUAUUUUUUUGGUGUGAGACCAUUUCUUUUAUUAUUGGCCAAAUGCAUCAUCAUGUACAGUAUAUCAAGAUUGGGUCGCAUCAGAUUAGUUUGGCUGGCAUUUCUCGCUUUUAUGCUCAGUGAUAUCAGCUCCUUAACUUCCUAUUAUAAGUGGAAGUAUCUCAACAUAAGUUCCAUAUAUCGUUACACAAUAGCCAAUGGAUUCUUUGAACUUAGUCUGCUCAGCUUUGCUUUGGACAAAAUACAUUGGAGAACUACUCAUCACCCGAGAAACAAUGUCACUUCAGACAAUUUACAAACUCAGGAGUUGUCAUCAGGAGUUGGUACUGAUGAAGAAAGAGAACCAAAUUUUUUGGACCUUGUAUUCUAUGUGUUUCAUUUGCCCAAGUUUAACCAUGGGCCAUUUUACCCAUUUAAGAAGUUUCAUUUUGAAGUCAUGUCUUGUUUCAAGGCAGCAACAUAUACUGUGAAUAUUUGGGACAUAGUCAAGAAGCUGCUUAGAUUCAUGUUGUGGGCUCUAUUUCUAGAGUUUCAGUUGCACUACUUUUACUACAGUCAACUGGGAUUUUCAGAAGAUAUUCUGGAACAAAUGUCCUUGCCAGCUGUCAUGGCAGCAGGAUACUGGCAAGGCCAAAUGUUUAUGGUAAAAUAUGUAUGCUUCUAUGGUAUCAGUGGCCAACUUCUAAGAUUUGAUGGGGUUAUUCCUUUUUCCAACCCUAGGUGCAUUAGUUGGGUUUAUUCAUACACUGAUAUGUGGAGAUAUUUUGAUGUUGGACUGUAUGAGUUUGUAAAAAUGUACAUAUACAUACCAAUAGGAGGGUCCAAGUGUGGCUACAUUGGACAAUUAGUUUCUUCGGCUAUAUCCUUUUUCUUUAUAUUCAUGUGGCAUGGAUUCUACUUAAACCUGUUUUACUGGUGUCUUGGAAACUUUAUAACUGUCUCACUGGAAAGACUUGGACAGGAAUUCAUGAAACAUUCUGCAUUAGGCAUUCAAUUACAAAGCAAGCUUAGUCCAGCCUGGCAACUUAGGCUUCUUGUGAUUGUAUUGGCUCCAGUGUAUGUUGUGUCCUGUUGGGGAAUUUUCUUCUUCUUUUUUGAUAUUGAUGUGACUUUGGUGAUUAUCAAGAAAAUGACAGCCUCAUGGCUGAGCAUGUUUUUAGAAAUGGUAGUGAUAACGUCAGCAAUGCAUAAUGCUCUUGACAUCAGCAUGAGAAAGCAAGCAGAGAAAGAAAUACAGAGAGUUGAUUGAAAGUUGUGACACUAAGCACUCAACAUAUACAAUUCAAUUACCUUACAUCCACAAAUAGGACGUCACUGCAUCUCUCUAAUGGUGGAUUGUUUUCAUUUCUUGUUGAAAAAAAAGUCUACUACUACACACCCAAAGGUCAAAGCAGAAAAUGCUAACACAUAGAAUUUCUUUUUUCAACUGUAGUUAGUGUAUUUUCAAAGAAUCCUGGAACUAAAACAGUAAGAAAAUACUUUUUGAUACCCUUGUCCUUCUUUCAAAUCAAUCUUUAAAACUAUUGGAAUGUAGAGCAUCUUUAAAACUUUUGAAAUGUAGGACAUUAUUUAGUCUGUUUUAUGGAUAAAAUGAUGGACUCUUGUGAAUUUAUGUUUAUUUUAUUGUUUGAAACCUGAAUCAAAUGGAAUAUGGAUAUGCUUUUUUUUUUCAUGUGCAUUUGUUAACUGUUUCCUAUUUAUAUUUUGUUGAUGUAUUUAACUCAAACAAACUUCAAGAUUUUGCAUCAUCAAUUAGUUAUAGAGACUUUUUAAAAAUGUAUUGUAUGAAACUUGUUCUUUGAGAAAAAAAAAAUCAUAUUUUGUACAGAUUUUGUUGAAUGCUAUUUGUAGACAAAAUAAUUCUGAUCUGAGGGCAACUUGGACAUUUGUUUCUUGUAUGCUAGUGUUUAGAGAACUUCUUACUAGCAGCUUGUUUAUUUGGCAGUUUGAAGUCAGGAAGAUAGGACAGGAAUUACAAGAGCUCUAGUAUCUAGUAAGUUUUCUAUUCUUUUAUGCCUUGUGGGGAAACAAAUUUUAUCUGGCUUUCAAGUAAACAGUUAUUCAUUUUGUAUUUGAUUUGUAGAAAAUUUGCUAAAUACCUGGGAAAGGAAAAUUCUUAGAAAAAUGGUUGCAGCUACUGAGUAUGCAAGAUGAAAAUGGAUGGAGUAGAUUGCCUUUAAAAGUGUCAAAAAAUAGAGUGCUUGAUACCUCACUCGGUCAGACUCUAUCACUGCCACUCAUUGAUCAGGGAACAUUCGAAAUGCACCAAGAUACCUGUGUAGUCGCUGAAUGAACUCUUUAUGUUGUCUGUUGUAUUUAUGUGUAUUUUUCUGUUGUGUUGUCUUUGUAUGAGAAAAGAGUCCUUGUAACCACAACAAAUUUCCGUAAGGAUCAAUAAAGCAGUCUUAGUCUUAGAUGACCUAAUGUCAGACCAGUAGAAAGAUGACUUGAUGCUGUAAAGGCAGAUUUACAAUGUUCCAACAUGGAUAUGAAAAGCUCAGGAAAGAUCUGAAUGUGAAGUUGUCUUAAAGGGACAUUCAUGAAAUGUAGUACAUUGAACUGACUUAGAGAUAUUUGACAUUGAACUGACAUAAAGCUAUUUGACAUUGAACUGACAUAAAGAUUUGACUAUGAACUGACAUAGAGAUAUUUAACAUUGAACUGACAUAAAGCUAUUUGACUUUGAACUGACAUAAAGAUUAGACUUUGAACUGACAUAGAGAUAUUUGACAUUGAAUCCAUCCAUCCAGUGGCACUUCACCCCUGACUUGUAUCUCUAUAUUCUGAGCAUUAAGUCUCUAUAUUUGUCAUCUACCUUUGGAGUUUUCUGCUGCACUACUUUUCCCUAUUUCCUUUCAAGAUGACCUGCCCAUCAUAAGCUGCUCUUUUUAUGUCUCUGACUAGAGAUGGAUAGUAAUAAAAUGAUUUAGUCUACUGGUUUGUGGGUAUCCAUCAUCCAGUGUCAUAAGUAGCAUAUCCAUGGGGUGCAAAAGUAGGUAUUCAGUGAUUUAAAAAAAUGGAAUACUUAUUUACUGGUAUUCCAUUAGUUCCAUUUCACAAAGUAUUUUUCUUCCAUAGCAUUUCUGUUUUUCCCCUUUUUUUUUUAAUGGGUCUCAGUUCUCAUCAGAUGACUACAAAUCUUACCAUAGUUUUGUAGUCAAUGUUAAUUUCCAUGAGAUAUGCUUUGCUUUCAAUAAUGUGUUGAGCUGCUAUUCUUGCCUUUACUUCUGUCACUGAGUCUUUUUUUUAUAUUUAAAAUUUAAAUUUUCUACUUUUUCUCUAACAAUUGGUUAUUAAUUUUGGAUUUGUUUUAAUCCCCUGCAUUCUAACAUAUCAUCUUCGACUAUCUUGCAUCUAGUUAUCAAGAAGUUUUCUCAUUUUUUUAAAGUUGUUAAUUAAUGUCCAGCAACAGGGUCUGUAACUCUGAAAGUCCUAUUCCACAUCUGACACUAUCUGGACUAAAAAUCAGUUUUGUGGAUUUCAUUCAAAACUAUUGUGCUGCUCAUCACAUUGGAAUUUUAGGGGAGGUACACUUUUUUUUUCUAACAAUUUUUGUUAUUUCAUCUAGCGUUUAUCUAAAUACCAGAGGAUCUAUUGCAUCCUGUUGGCUUUUCAAACUUUAAUUAAUAAUAUACUCAUAACUAUGCAAUUAUAAGAUGCAUAUUACCCAAUGUUGUUGUCAACCUUCUGCUUUUAUAACAACUGUGGCUCUUCUUCUGGAUUAAAGGUCUAAGCUUCCACUAAGAUACCUGGACAUUAGUUAUGACCAAAAUCUUGUACAUACAGCAGUUCCCUCUUCAUCAUAGAGCUGUAAGAACUAAAGAAACUGUAAAGACAUACGGUUCAAAGUCAGAAGCAUUGAAUCUCUGCUAGAAUGUAGCUCUGUAUUCUACAAGCUGUCACUAGCUCUUGGUUCAAAGUCAGAAGCAUUGAAUCUCUGCUAGAAUGUAGCUCUGUAUUCUACAAGCUGUCACUAGCUCUUGGUUCAAAGUCAGAAGCAUUGAAUCUCUGCUAGAAUGUAGCUCUGUAUUCUACAAGCUGUCACUAGCUCUUGGUUCAAAGUCAGAAGCAUUGAAUCUCUGCUAGAAUGUAGCUCUGUAUUCUACAAGCUGUCACUAGCUCUUGGUUCAAAGUCAGAAGCAUUGAAUCUCUGCUAGAAUGUAGCUCUGUAUUCUACAAGCUGUCACUAGCUCUUGGUUCAAAGUCAGAAGCAUUGAAUCUCUGCUAGAAUGUAGCUCUGUAUUCUACAAGCUGUCACUAGCUCUUGGUUCAAAGUCAGAAGCAUUGAAUCUCUGCUAGAAUGUAGCUCUGUAUUCUACAAGCUGUCACUAGCUCUUGGUUCAAAGUCAGAAGCAUUGAAUCUCUGCUAGAAUGUAGCUCUGUAUUCUACAAGCUGUCACUAGCUCUUGGUUUUUCCUCAGGGUUUACUCCCAAAGUUUUUCUCAUGUUGGAGUUUAUUAAGUUUAGUGUCUGAAUCAAAUUGUUUUAAUAUUUAUUAUAUUUUUAUACACAUAUAUGUAUAUAAAUGCAUUAUCUUCUAUAUAGUGGGGGUGAAUUUAACAAUCGUAUUUAACAUGGCUUACUUUAUUAUUUGCAUUUAAACUUGUAUGGCCAAUGCAGUUUGAUAUAUAUACUUUUAGAAUGUGUUUAUCAUCAAUGAUCUGGUAUAUUUUUAUUUGUUGAUAAUUUUUACUAACAACUUCCUGGUCUAACAUUAAAAUUUUACUUUUUCA